AUGGAAAGAGGAAAGGAGAAAACGGUUUCCAACACGUUGCAACAGUCUUUCCACCAUUCUAAAGAGCCUACCUUCCUUAUAAACCAAGCUGUUCUAUCUAGUGCAUCCCUUUCUAGCUUUUUGCCAGAAAUUGAGCUUGUCAAUCCUGGUGAAAAAAUAAAGACGGACCCUCAGAAAAAUAGACCUGGAACUGUAAUACUCCUAAAACGGUCCAGUAGGAGGAUUAUGUCGGAAAGUCAGCCCAGGCCCCCUGUGAUCCCAUCCCGCAGGCCCGGGUUCCAGGUGUGCCAUAUCUGUGGCCGAGAAUUUGGGUCCCAAUCGCUUGGCAUUCACGAGCCCCAGUGCUUGGAGAAGUGGCGUACUGAAAACAGCAAGUUGCCCAAGCACCUGAGGAGGCCAGAACCUUCCAAACCACUGCCUCUCAGUGGAAGUGGAUCCUACAAUCUUCAGGCAGCAUUCCAGGGUUCCCAGGCUCAGCUUCUGCCCUGUGAAUCCUGUGGUCGCAAGUUCUUGCCAGAUCGGCUUCUUGUUCAUCAGAGAAGCUGCAAGCCGAAGGGUGAGGGGCCCAGGGCACCAAACCCCAACAGUUCUGAUAAUCUUGCUGCUCUCAAGAAAGCUUCUGGUGGCAUCCCAACCCGACCAAGGGCUCUCAUCUGCUACGUCUGUGGUAGGGAAUUUGGCACUCUGUCCCUUCCUAUACAUCAGCCCAAAUGCCUGGAAAAGUGGAAAAUAGAAAAUGACCGGCUCCCUAGCGAGUUCUGCCAGCCACUACCGCGGAAGCCUCAGCCCCUUCCAACUGGACAGUCCAACCAAGAGGGACCGAGUCAAGCUCAGCUCGUACCCUGCCCAAAUUGUAGCCGGACCUUUGCCCCUGACAGCUUUCUGGUGCACCAGAGAAGUUGUACAGCUCAACCUAGCAGGCCAAAAGUUCAAGAUUUGACAUGGAGUAAAGGUGGCCUCAAAGAGUCCACUAAUUCCAAGCAGCAAAGGAGCAUGGCAGUACCCACUGUGACUGAUAAGCCAACAAUGAUAAGGCAUCCACCAACAGUUGUUUGCUACAUUUGUGGUCGUGAAUAUGGAACAAAAUCAAUUGUCAUCCAUGAGCCACAAUGUCUGAAAAAAUGGCAUAAUGAAAACAACUUGUUGCCUAAAGAGCUAAGGAGACCAGAACCGAAAAAGCCAGAAGUCGGGACCAUUACUGCCAAGGGUUUCUAUGAUCUUGAUGCCUUAAACGAAGCUGCUUGGAAAAGUGCCCAGAGCCAGUUGGUUCCCUGUAAUAUUUGUGGGCGUACCUUCCUGCCAGACAGACUGAUUGUUCACCAACGAUCCUGUAAACCAAAAGUCGCCAAGUAA